GUUUUGUAUCAUCAAUUCUUUUGCAAAGAGUAUUUCUGUUGUCUCUUUCGAAGAGUUCGUGUGCUGAAGAGUAAACUGAAUUGGUUGGAUGGACUCUGUUUGCUAUUGAAUGUAAAUGAUGUAAUGUAAUGAUAGUGAGCACGAAGAGAAUGGACUGCAUUCCGUAGUUUCUUAUCAAGGAAGCGAAGCUUUUCUACGUUGCCAUCCAAUGCCAUCAUGCAACAGUGCGCGCAAGAAAUGAACGUCAAUAAGUAAAGUGUAUACAAUAGUGCUCCCAUUGGCAACGAAUUAUUUAUUAUUUUGCACUAGCAACCAACAAUAAGUCAAGAAACAAUGCACGUGCUUUGAUAGUUAUGUGAGAGGUUCUUCGGCGCAUAGAGUUCGCGCGAUAAUGGAGGAAGAAUCUUCAGACUCCACCCCAUGCAAUGAGGAGGAAGGUACCUUUAUAACGAAAAUUUUAGGAGAGAUGAAGACACAGUUUAACAACGGCUCCGAAGAAAACUCGCAGGAGGAAGUGCAAAAGGUGGAAUCAGAGGCAGUGACGGAAGAUACAACUGCGGUGACACUCGGAUUCUCCAAGCCGCGGAAGAGGUCGAAGCGGGUCAAAGUGGCAAUCGACGUAAACGUGAAGAGGUCCACAAGACGCCGAAGCCGCGAUUACAAUGAGUCUAUUCUGAAAACGGCGAUAGCUCGCAAGGAGAAGUCUUACAAUGAGUCUGAUAAGCCCCAGAGGCUGACCAGGCAAUUAAAACCCACCCAGAAGAUCCUGGACAAUAUAGCCAAUGCAGCUGCAUCAAAACAUGAGAAGAAGAAGAGGGUUAAGGGAGGUGAUGGAGAAGAGAAGGUUGUUAAAGUUAAGUCUACCAGAAGGAGGACUAAGGUUGUUGAGCAACUGGUCGAGAUCAAGGAGGAAAUAGUGGAAAGCGACACCAAAUUGAAUAUUGAAUUGGAUACUAAACCAGUGCUAGUCCCACAGAUGACAGCAACCCAGUUAUGUGUUUGCAGUCAUGAAACCAAGUAUUAUGUUUUGGUUGAAAACAGAGAGAAUGUUUUCUGUACUGCAAUAGAUAAUAUAAGUAAUAAACUGAUUGGUUGCAAUAAUCCUGUCAACCACAAAGACUCAUCAAUGUUAAGGCCUUCUGUCCGUAUUCCUUAUGGAGUCUUCUGCUCAUUACAUAGAAGCCGAAUGCUGAACCAUAAUUGUUGUCCAGUUUGUGGUAUAUUCUGUACACAGGGAAGUUUUGUGCAAUGUGAGAACAAACAUCAGUACCACAGAAAAUGUCAGAACAGUAUAGAUGAAGCACUGGUAUGCCCUCAUUGUGGCAAACCAUCACCCACAACAGAUAUAGAGAUUAUUAUGGAAACGUCGAAACCUCCCGUUUUCUUAAGGACGCAACAAUUGUCGGUGAAAAGUAUAGAAACUAGUAAUGUUAAAAGGACUAAUAACAGGGAGAGCAGUUGCGAGUCACCACCGAUGAUCUCCGUCGAGGAUCUGAAGUUGUAUAAUGAGACGGAGAUGAGGGAAUCCGGUCAAUAUAGUAUUAAUGAUUUGUUAGAUUGUAUUAAGAAGAGCGAUUACCAAGAAGUUGCGGCUAUAUUAGGUUCAAGAAGUGUAGAUUUGAACAGUUUCGUGGAAUGCGAUAAAGAUGAAACUGGUACAGUUUUACAUUACUCUGCUAGGCACGGAUUGCUGCCUAUAAUUCAUAUGCUCACAAUAGCUGAAGAUGAUUUGGAUAUUUUGGAUAGCGAAAAGAAUACUGCGUUGAUGGUUGGUGUACUUCAUGAACAGAACGACGUCGUUAAAUACCUUACGAAAGCUGGUGCCAGUAUUAUUGCUAAGGGUAUGGAUGGGAUGACAGCUUUGCAUUUAGCAGCGAAAUGUGGUAAUUUGGAAGCUUGCGAAAUCCUCUUGUCAACUGCAGCGCAUAUCAAAAAUUACAUCGACAUAGCAGAUGACGGAGGCUGGACCCCUUUGGUGUGGAGCUGUGAGCAUAAUCACGUCGAUAUUGUGAAAUAUCUCUUAAGUGAAAAAGCGAAUCCACUCUUGAGCGAUGUUGAGCAGAACGUCGCACUACACUGGGCUGCAUUCAGUGGUAGCUCGAAAAUCGUGGAAAUGAUUUUGAAUUUUGGUGGCGAAGUGAAUGUGAUCAAUUCACAUGGAGAUAGCCCAUUACAUAUAGCAGCCAGGCAGGACAACUACAACUGUGUGCUAGUUCUAUUGGCUCGCGGUGCUAAAAUAGAUGUUGUCAAUAAGGCGGAUGAGACUCCAAUCGAAUGCUGUCCUGAGAAUAGCAAAAGUUACGAGGCACUCAUAUUGAAUAUCCGUCUACAGAGUUACAUCCAAGUAGACAACAGUACUUCCAAUUGUUUAUCGAAUGAUAUAUCGGAAGGUAAGGAGCGAAAUGCCAUUAGCUGCAUUAACAGUGUCGAUGAUGAAACGCCGCCUCGUGAUUACUGUUACGUAACGAAGAACUGCAUAAUGCCCGAUAUUCAGAUCGAUUCUGACACCUUACUGGUAAGUUGUUCGUGUAGUGGAAUAUGCCAAAGUAGUUGUGAUUGUUACAAGCAUAGCAAUGUGCACAUGGGCGAUUCUUUGGCUAACGAUUUAACCGGUCAUAAGGUAAUAUUUGAAUGCAGUCCUUCCUGCUCCUGUUCAGAUGAAGUUUGCACAAAUCGUGUAGUGCAGAAAGGAAGCAAAGUUAAGUUCCAACUGUUCAGGACCAGGUCGAAGGGCUGGGGCGUGAAAACUCUGAACGUCAUUAAGCGAGGAACCUUCGUUUCGGAAUACGUCGGUCAGAUUAUAAACGAAGAACAGGCCGAUUCUCGUGAAGACGACACGUACUUAUUUGAUCUUGACAAUAAGUUUCAGGGUACGGAAAGGUUCUCGAUAGAUGCGAAGUUUUAUGGGAACGUGUCUCGUUUCAUGAACCACAACUGCAGACCGAACUUGUUGCCUAUAAGGGUCUUCACAGAUCAUCAUGACGUUAAGUUUCCGAGGAUUUCGCUGUUCGCCAAAUGCGAUAUCCGGAAGAACGAAGAGUUGAGUUUCGAUUAUGGAGAAAAGUUCUGGGCAAUAAAAAAAAACUAUUUCGCAUGUAAAUGCGGUAGCGACAAUUGCAUUUAUUCCGAACGUCAAGUUAAGAAUUCCGUCCAAAAAUGUUAACAAAGCUUAAAGACUGACU